CCUCAAAUCCCAAACUAAGUUUCAAAACUUAACCAUGCAUCUUCUUCUUCUACACAAUCCUAUACUCUGCUCCUCCAACUCCCCCUCCUUCUCCCCUCCACACCACUACCUCCGGUUCCAAACGUCUCACCGGCAAAACCUCCGCUACCUCAAAUCCCUCGGUAUCGUCCAACCAGGUUUUGCAACAACCCCAUCUCCUGAAACACUCUCUCGUAUCCUCUUAACCAUAGACUACUUUAAAUCCAAAGGCUUUUCAGAACCCGAUUUUCCAAGAAUCGCCUUUCUUUCCCCCCAUCUCUUUACCCCAAACUUUGACCCCAUUGUCAUUGAGCCCGUCUUCGAUUUCUUGAUAGAAGAUGUAGCUGCUUCGCCAGAGGAGGCCCGUGGGUUGAUUCUCAAAUGCCCUCACAUUCUCGAAUCAAACCCCGAAUUUUGUUUAAAGCCAACACUGGAAUACCUCAAAAACCUGGGAAUUAGAAAGUUGAAUUCUCCUACAACUUUGAAUGCUCAUUUACUAGAUACAAGAGUGGAUAAACUCGAAGAGAAAAUGAGGUUUUUAAGAAGUGUUGGGUUUUCAGGUGAGGAAUCAAGAAGACUCUGUGGGAGGUUUCCUGCGAUAUUCGGGUAUGGGAUUAAUGGUAAUUUGAAGCCAAAAUUUGAGUAUUUGGUUAGGGUGAUGAAGAGGAAUGGUAGAGAGGAAGUGAACAAGUUUCCACAGUAUUUUGGGUUUAGUUUGGAGAAGAGAAUAAAGCCCAGAUAUUUGCAUUUGAAACAGAGGAAUGUUGAAAGUGAGGUACCACUGAAUAGGAUGUUGUUGUGGAGUGAUCAAAGAUUUUUCAAGAAAUGGAAGUGAAAAUAACACUAUAAAUUGACUUUUUGAAGUAACCAUAACCAUAUGUAAUACCACAUAUCCAAGUACAUAAUGAAUUUUAUUUUACGUUCUGA